AUGUUUCGCCUUCUACUGCUCAUUUGCUGUCUCCACCUUUGGAAUUGUCAAAUCUCCAACGAGAAAUAUAUCGUUGCAAGUUUCGGCAAGGUGAAUUGGUUCAAUGCGAAUCAAAUAUGCCAUCAAAACGAUAUGAUUCUGGCCACAGUCACCAGCUACGAGCAGCACCUGCUCGUGUUACGUAGCAUAGCUCUCAAUGGUCACCUGCUGGGACACGAAGGCUUCUGGCUGGGCGCCAGCAACUUGGGAGAUCUGAAUUCUUGGACAUGGCAAGGUCUGGGAAUACCUCUGGGCUAUAAGAAGUGGGCAAACAAUGAGCCCCAAGUGGAUUUCAUUGGCCAUGAGGCAUGCAUGGUAAUGGGCCUGGAUCAGUCCUGGUACAGUGUGGACUGCUACAGUGAAUACUAUUUCAUAUGCCAAAGACCAAGCAACUCCGCCAAUGAUCCCUUGUAUAUAUAAGCCAAUUGGAGCUAGUUAAAUUAUAAAUAAAUUCGAA